AUGAUCAUGAGGGAUAGCUAUCCCGUCUCGCCUCCAAGCGACACCGAUCCCGCAUACAUAUCCACCAGCCCGCCCGAGACCAAGCCGGCGCACGUGGUCGUCAUGGCAGACGAGCUUGCGCCGUCCCUAGCGCUGGCCGAGACGACGCCGAUCAAGGUCGUGCAGGGAGCAUUCCGGCGCACGAGGUCGCCGCCGCGCGACGAACACGGCCAAAUGUUCUGCGACCACGUCAACUGCCGCGGCAAGAACCAGACGUUCAAGAGAGUCUGCGAAUGGAACAAGCACAUGGACCGGCACGAGCGGCCGUACAAGUGUCGCGAGUCCGGAUGCGAGCUCAACCCGGGCUUCACCUACUCGGGCGGCCUGCUCAGACACCAGCGCGAAGUCCACAAGAUGCACCUGUCGACCAAGCAGCCCUUGUUCUGUCCGUUCCCAAACUGUAACCGCAGCUCCGGCACCGGCUUCACCCGCAAGGAGAACCUCGAAGAGCACAAGCGGCGUCGACACCUGGAGGAACUGUCCGACCAGGACCAUGACGCAGGUGAAGCGGCGACGGGUGCCACGGCAGUCGCAGAAGAACCGCCACCGAAGCGCCGGAGGAUCUCCACCGCGACAGAGGUGCCGGGACAGCAGCAACAGAAGCAUCAGCAUCAGCACCAGCACCAGCAGCAAUUAGGCAGCAACGUGGCACAGACCAGGGACAACAACACCAUGGUCGGAACGGCCGAAAGCGCCCAAUUAAUCCAACACCUCCGGGAAGAGAUCCGACAAAAGGAAGAAUUCAUCCGCAGGCAAGCGAGCGAGAUCCAUCGCCUCCAGAACUUGCUCCGCUCGUUGCCACCGCAGGCCAUCUAUCACAUGCAGCAGCAGAGCCGGAUGCCUGGGAGUGGCGUUGGGUGA